AUGGCACAUUUCAUGUGUACAGCCUGCGGCGAGGAGAGACAUUUCAGCGUCGAAUCUCCUUCUAUCCCCUGUGCAUCUUGGAGAAACAAAGGCCCGCAUUGUCCCCUAUGCAUCAGAAUCAAGCCAUUGAAAGAUAGGAUUGCCCAAACCCGAGCGUUUAUGGCGCAUCUAGAGGCGCACUGCGCCACUAUCAUGUCCGGUAUCAACACCUUCCACGACCCUUUUACCGCCCUCCUUCCAACAGAACUCGCCUCAAGGAUCCUUGGCUUCUGUGUGGAUAGCGAACACGAUACGGAAAUACAAGUACCGCUGGCUCUUUCCGCUGUGUCCAAGAGAUGGCGAGCCAUAGCACGGUCGACGCCUUCAUUGUGGGCUUCUAUUCCCCUUCGACUGAAUCGUUCGCUUCUGAUGCGAUCCUGGUACGAGGAGAUGCUCCGUGCAAUUCUUCAACUCUCAGAAAAGAAGCCAUUCUCAAUCAACAUCAACAUCAAAAACAGCGACAGAGGUGAUCCGAUGCCAGCCCAGUUUUAUCGCUCUAUGGAGACCCUCAAUGCCCACUGGUACCACUGUCGCGACCUCUCCAUGGAGAUGCCUCUGCAUUUACUCAAUACCCUUCGUGGUGACUCCCGUGGGGCCCCCGCUCUUCGUUAUCUCUCCAUUCACAUAAAUGACAGUGCCGACAACGAGGAUAUCCACCAGACUGCCAAAUUAGACCUCGGAGCCCCUCUACCCGCUCCUGACACCAUCUGCCUUUCCUCCUACAAUUCCUCAUGCGGAUUUGACAGGAUUAGCGUGGACUGGAGGAACGUCACUAAUGCAUCCCUUUCCGGCUCGCAGAUUCACAAAUGCCACGCGCUCUUCAUGGCAGCGCCCCAACUCCGUGAGUGUCGCCUCCGCUCCGUCGUUGGCAGCGAUUCAAACGGCGGCGCAAUACACCCCAACACACGCAUCAUCCAUACCCACCUUACCGAAUUGCAUGUGCAGAUUUUUGCCGAUGAGACAUCCCUCUUCUUCGAGCCACUUUCGUUCCCAUCCCUGAAAAUACUGGCAUGCGAGACCACCGAUCAAUCGCUGGACCCUCUCUCCUCGUUCCUUAUCCGAUCCUCCUGUCCUAUCACAUCCUUAGCUAUCGCCGAAUUGCACGAGGACACCAUGGCCGUGGACCAAGAUGCGUUCCUCAAUCUUCUACGGUCCGUGCCGACCUUGGAAGAACUGAAAAUAUAUGGUAUCCCCCCGUGCCGUAAUUUCUUCGAGAUGCUGUCCGACAACAAAGAAAAUUCCGCCCGCGAACAAGGACAUUUCUUACCGUUAUUGACCAGACUUACCUUUGACCAGAAGGCUAUCAGCUUCGACAUUCCGUGGCCAGAAGUAUGCGUUGCCGUCAAAGCCAGGGCCUCUCGCGACCGCGCGGGUCGAGGGAUGGGGGUCCUGCAGCAGUUCUGUUGGAGCGUAGCGAACCAUGACGGGUGGCAUGGCUACUACAACAUCGACCAAGGGAGUCUCAAGGUCUUCGAGCAGCUUAUCGCCGAUGGUCUUGAUAUCAGACUUAUCCGCGAGGGCGAAGAUAUUGUAUUGUAUUCCAUAGCACACUCAGAUAGCCUGUAUGGCAAAUAA